CACGCUCAUAAAGAAGGUGUAUGGAGGCCAGGCAGCUGCUGAGUAUUGAAGAAGGCUGUCAGCACAUUCCUCUUUCACUGAGUGGAAGCAACUGGACUGAAUGGAGUUGCAGUGAUCCCAAACAUCUGGAUCCACCAAACAAUAACACAAAGUGCAUCAAAGUAGAAUAAUGGAAGGGCAGUCUGCCAGCGAACCAGCCAGUUCAGGCUUCGUCCUGGCUGACUAUGCAGUCUUUGCUGCCAUGUUGUUCGUGUCCAUGGCCAUCGGAGUCUUCCAGGCCCUGAAGAAGGGCCGGACCGAGGCCAGAGCUGAUGACUUCUUCACUGGUGGUCGGAGCAUGCCGGCAGUGCCUGUUGGGCUGUCGCUCUGUGCUAGUUUCAUGUCAGCAGUCCAGGUUCUGGGUGUUCCCUCUGAGACGUCUCGCUAUGGCUUUAAAUUCCUCUACAUGUGUCUGGGACAAAGCAUCAACUCCCUGCUGACAGCUUAUCUCUUUCUUCCAGUUUUCUUUCGACUGGGCAUCACCAGCACCAAUCAGUACCUGAAGAUGAGAUUUGGCAGAGGGAUGCAGCUGUUGGGGAGUAUCCAGUUUCUCGUAGCGACGCUGCUUUACACAGGGAUUGUCAUCUAUGCACCUGCCUUGAUCCUCAACCAAGCAACUGGACUCAACUUGUGGGUGUCUCUGUUUUCUACUGGGAUCAUUUGCACCCUGUACACCACGCUGGGUGGCAUGAAAGCUGUGAUCUGGACUGAUGUGUUCCAGAUUUUUGUGAUGUUGUUGGGCUUUGUGGUCAUUUUCAUCCACGGCACAGUCCUGGUUGGUAGUCCUGCACUGGUACUGGAGAUCGCCAACAAUGGAUCCCGCAUUAAUUUCAAUGACUUUGACGUUGACCCGCGGCAGCGCUACACUUUCUGGAGCCUGACUGUCGGGGGUUCGUUGGUUUGGCUGUCCAUGUACGGGGUAAACCAAGCUCAAGUCCAGCGCUACAUCUCCUGCAGAUCAGAACGAGAUGCCCAGUGGGCGCUGCUUGUGAAUCAAGUGGGUCUGUUCCUGAUUGUGACCAGUGCAGGAACCUGCGGAAUUGUCAUGUUUGCUUAUUACUUCAACUGUGAUCCGCUGCAGUCUGGGAGGAUUUCUGCCCCUGAUCUGUAUAUGCCGUACUUCGUGUUGGACAUAUUCCAAAGUCAUCCUGGCUUUCCGGGACUUUUCCUCGCCUGUGCAUACAGCGGGACUCUGAGCACGGCCUCCACAAGUAUCAACGCAAUGGCUGCAGUAACAAUGGAGGACCUUCUGCGGCCUCAUCUGCUCCACAUGACCCAGAAGAAACUGAUCCUCAUUUCAAGGGGACUGUCCUUGCUAUAUGGACUCGGCUGUAUCACAGUAGCUGCUCUCUCCUCCUUCCUGGACUGGGGGGUACUUCAGGGCUCGUUCACUGUCAUGGGUGUGGUCAGCGGUCCAUUACUGGGCGUAUUCAUCUUGGGUAUAUUUGUCCCAGCAGCAAACAGGCUGGGAGCGUUCCUGGGAAUACUGGCGGGCUUCUGUGUCUCUCUGUGGCUGGCUGUUGGUUCAACUCUUUACCCGCCCAGUGAGGAGAUCAUGGGUGUCCUGCCCAGCUUCGCAGGCGAGUGCGGACCCAACAACUUCACCCAGAGCAGCAGCCCUACCCAGGAUCCACACUCCAUCUCCACGCUGCUGCGCCCCAGUAACCAGGGGGGCCUGCAUAACUUCUACUCCAUGUCCUACCUCUACUUCGGUGCCAUGGCAACCAGUUCGGUGGUGAUAGUCGGGUUGAUAGUGAGCUACGCAACAGGGCCAACAAAGAGGAAUCAUAUUAAAGAGGGUUUGUUAUGGUGGGAUCUGAAAAAAAAGCAAGUCGAGGUCCCAUCAGAGCGCAGAACUAGAACGAUGUCCAGGAUGUUUCCAUGCCUUCUUCACAAUGCAUGCUGGGAUACACAUGUGAGCCCGAAUAGCAAUAACCAGGGUGACAAGGCAGCAGAUAAACCACAGCGUGUGCCUCUGAGGGCCCUGCAUAAGGAAGAUGAAAAAGAGGAAGGGCUAACAGAUGUUGGGAAUAUUAAUUCACCGCUCAGGGUUUAGGUUUUGGACUGAAAACUGAAAGUUUUUAUCCAAAAUCGCAGUGAUGGCAUUUCCUGUCUUGUAGCCCAAACUCCUAAUUCAUAAAGUCUGCAUUACAAUAAGAGCUGUGUUUAGUUUAAACAAAAGACAAUUUUUAAAAAAUGUAUUCUUUAAAA